CGGCGCACACUGUAGCGCGACGAGCGACUCGAGGACGGUCGCCACCCAUUCAAUUCAACUCAACUCACGUUCCCCCGUCAUUCCUCAGUUGCGCUCCGCACGAUUACUACGCCCGCCGCCCGCCGAAAAUGUAUCACGCGUUCUAGUGAGCUGCGGUUUCAAGUGACAGUGCUAGUGAUACAAAUUACAAUAAACAACUUUUUCUUUUCCCAAUCGGACGUAUUCUCAGAAAAGGAUGAUGGCUCCCGAAACGGUGGUAACCGUAGAUCACAACAAGCCCGCGUCACCGCAAGCGCCGCCUCAGCAGCAAAACGGUGCGCUGGACUGGAUCAAAAUGAACGUAGAGUAUUUUAAAACGCCGCCCGGCAUAUUGAAAAUCAUUCAGUUGGUGUUAGGCAUAUUGUGUAUGGCGUUAGGAACACCAUGGGCAUCAACGUGGUUUGUCUUCGUAGCAGUUACGGCCUUCAUCACGACCCUCUUGUGGAGUUUCGUCUACUUCCUCAGCAUCAGGGAAGCGCUCAAGCUACCUAUUAACUGGGUACUCUCUCUUCAGUCCAUCAUGUCGCACUCGGUGACCAUCACCCGGACCACGACCACGACGUCAGGCAGCGCGCUGUUCGUCAACACAGGCUACCUGGGCACGUUGCCGGGGCUACUGAAGCUUACGCAACUGUUGCUGGGAGCAGCAUGCGUAGGCGUCGUGGGCUACUACUUAGAGCCGGGCUACAGCCGGUAUAACGGACAGAAGCCCGAGCUGUUCUACCUGUUAACGUCCGUCACGUUCCUCAUCGGCACAUUUUGUCUCUUACUGUCGUGUCUCAUAUCGUUCACCACGGCCUCUAUGAUAUCCAAAACGAUAUAUGAGGUGGUCUAUCACGGCAUAGCCUUUGUGAUGUAUCUAGCUGCAGGACUUACACUUAUGAUCGAGGUCAACCAUCAGAAGAGCAGUUACAGAAGUGACUUCGAGCCUUAUUUGGCGGCAGCGGUGAUGGGGCUAGUGAUGGCUGUUCUCUAUUUGCUGAGCACCUUCCUGGCGAAUCGGUCCUAUCGUGGUAUUUGAACGACUUACAAGAUUUACAACACAGGAGAAGCAUUUAAUUUUAUAAUAAUGUACAAAUGUUACCAUGUAAUAUUGCAUUUUAAUAGAUUUUUUUCACAAGUGUAAUGAUUAGAAAUUAAGGCCAGUGCAAUUUUUUUUUAUCAAUUUACACAUGGGGGAUCUGUAUAAUAUAGGUACUAUUUUUAUACAACUUUUUCAAAACAUACCUAUAAAAGGGAACUGAAAUAGCUCAUGUUUUGUAAGUUAAAUGGCAAUGGCAAAGCAAAGCUCACAGAAUAGCAACAGAUAGAUAUUAGAAGGAAAGGAAGGAAUAGUGGCCUCGUAUUGAAAAUGUUCGUGUUGGUCGAAAUAUCUGUUAUCCGGAGAGAUAUUCAAACCUGUGCCAGAUGGUGAAUGAAUCUCAUUUUCUAUCGUGUUGUGGUGUGAGUUGGUGUUUCUUACUAGUGUAUUCUUCAUUAUGUUUUGAAAGUUAAGAAUUUUAUUCGAAUGGGCAUCAGAAGAGCUUAUUAGAUGAUUAUAAAAUAUGCAGUGAUUCGCUGGAGUGGUUACAGAUGAAUUUGCAUUUGAAAGUCUCUUCAGAAGAUCCAUGUACCACUAUGUAUGGAACAGUGGCGUAUCUAUGCAAUUGGAUGUCAGUGGCGAACUGACAUAUAAAUAAAAUAGUGCCCCAGAAUAAUAGCCACAUUGUAAUAUUUACUAUUGAGUUAUGAGGCACAUAUUGGGCCGGGCGCUUCUUCGGUAGGGUUGCCAAUAUUUCUUGAGAAAAAUAUAGUAUAUUUCAGAUUUUACUAUAAAAAAUAUAGUACGCUCAAAGAAAAUAUAGUACCUAUUUUAUGGAGUAAGCGAAAAAAGUGUGAUUUGAUUUGAAAAAGUGAAAGAUUUGUUUGUUAGUUUUCGUUAAUGAAAGUAUAGUAUUUUUGCGUAGGCACUAUAUGUUUCUCUAACAGUAUAUAGUACAUAUACCUGAAAUAUAGUACAAUACUUCAUACCUAUUAUAUUACAGUUGGCAACCCUACCCUUCGGACCGAGCAUAUGUGGCAUAUUGGCAGCCUUGUCAGUGACACCCUACAGUUACGCCACUGCUUCCAGUGGUAGUGUAGAUAUAGAGAACAAUGAGCUGCAGGGCAAUUAUGUAUCUGCCGCUGCUUCAAGUGGCAGUGAUUUUCUAUUUUUGCGAAUCUAAAAUCUAAAAAGAAAUAGAAAUAAAAAUAUGCCAUUCAAUUUCACGAAAUUACAUCGUGAUAAUGUUACGUUAAUGUUUAAAAACAAAUAAAACAAUAGAAAUAAUAUAAAAAUACAAUAAAAUUAAUAAUGUAUAAUUGUUAAGUGCCAACUGAAUUCAAUAUUUUAUAAUGCUAAAUAACAUUUAUUUGUCAAAUUGGUUUUGUACAGUCACGAAGAUUUUAAUCCGCUCCAUUAAGUUUGUUAUAACAAGUAGUAGUAUAAGUAUGAUAUAACAACAAAUGGUCCUGCUUACUUGUUAAAGGUGUUAAAUGUUAAUUCAAGUAAUUUAAUGCGACUAUUGACCUGUUGUCUUCCAUCACAGUUGACUGCUAACAAUAAUUUAAUUCAUUCACUGUUAUUUUGUAGUGCUAAAGGGUUUAAAGGGGUAGAUUAUCUCAUAUACCUACCUUCUCAGAAUGUUUGUGGUCUCAUUCAUCCGUAACUGCUGGAAAAGCUGUAAAAGUUAGUUUUCUAUAAGCAUAAUUUAACAAUAGGGUAUUUUACUACUUUUAAAUGUAUGUACUUAUUGAUUUUUUGAUACUUCCGGGAAUAUUAAUCAAUAUUAACCAAUUCAUACAUAAAAAGCAAAGGUUGUCGGAUUGUUUGUAAAAUAAAUGAGUAUCUAAGUUAGUAAAAAUAUGAUUGGAAUAUUCCUAAAUUAUAGUUAUUUGUUAUGCAAGGUAGCAAAAAUAAUUUUACGGCGAAUAUACGUAUGCUAAGCAAGCGAAGGAUUCUAAGUUUGAAACACGAGCGAAGCGAGGAGUUAAAAAAAGAAAAUCCUGAGCGUCGCGAGAUAUUCAAGACGAGGUGAAUAAAUUUGCUGCCGUGCGCAUCAUGAAAUUAUUCAUCUCACUAUAGCGAGGAAAAUGUUAAGUACCUUUAUGAAAUUUCAAUUUGGCAAUAGGUACAUUUUGUACUUAGAACCUUGUAGAUGUAAAAUUCAUAUUAUAUAUACCAUGCAUGUUUUAAAAAUUGUUAAUUUAUCACAAAAAUAGAAAGAAAUUUAAAGACCAACCUCAUUUCAUAUUUAAAAAAGUUACUUUUAACGCCUAGUUAAAAACGACUAUAGCUUGCUGAUAUGGCCGAGCAUAAAUAUGUUUUCUGUGCGAGUGAGAUGAAAACAAUAAUUUAUAAUGUAAUCAUGGUCAAAACAUAAGUUAGACACUAAAACUAAAGUAUUGUCUGCUAUAAAGUAUGGAAUGCGUUUUGCUCUUCAUUGUUGUAGAGAGGUACGAGUAGGUACUUCUCUACGGAAGUUACAACUUGUUGAAUGUUGACUAAUCCAUGAUAAAAUUUAUAUGAAAUGCGUAAUUAACGUGUGUAAUAACGUAUAUAUGUAUACUGCCUUUUAGAAUGUAAGAAGUAAGAACUCAAUUAAGUACCAGGUACCUAAGUACUCAUGUCUCUUGAACUGAUAAUGUGAACAUAAUUAAUGCCUAGCUAUAUUUAAUGUUAAAAGCUGCUUUAUGUAAUAUUAAUGUAAUAAAUGGUUAAAAACCCUACCUAAUUGAAUAUCCAAGUGGCUUUAACUUUGUGAGUUGUAACUAUUCUUAGCACUAAAACAAAUUACGAAAUACCUAAAUAUUAAUAAUUUUCCAAAAUAUUUUCUGUAAUGAAGAUGUACGAAUUUCUAAUAAUUUAUUUUUUAUACUUAGGUAGGUAUUUAUAUUUAGUAAUAUAUUUUGCUUAAUAAAACAAAGAAUGGAUAAA